UCUACCGCUCAGACAACACCAGUGAGAGUGACCGUAGCUCAGGCUGUAUGCCCUCUCUCGCUCGCUCUCUCUCUCUCUUUCUCUCUGGCUGAAGAUGCAGUGACCAGGGUCAAGCUCUCCAUUUGGACACUACUGUUUGACAGUCACAGAGCGCAGUCAAAUCUCCAGGACACUGCAGAGGCAGAGGACAAACUGACAAGCCAUCCCCAGGAUCGGGGCUCUUAGCUUGGGGAUACUGCCUGCGGAGGAUUUAUGACUGGUCAGUGAGGGCUUUGUAGAGGAGAGGAGGUGAGCGGUCAGCUCAUUGGCCAGCAUGGCUUUGAUGGACAGGUGGCAGAGUCCACUGGAGCGACACUGACUUUCACCCUGAGCCCACCCCUUGCUUUACCGUUGCCAUUGGAAACAUGAUGAAGAGGAGGAAGGAGAGGCCAGGAGCUCCCGACCUGCACAUGCAAAUCUGGCCGGCCGCUCAGCACCGCUGCCAUGGCAACAGCAGCCUCCUGCAGCACCUGCUCUCUCCCACCUCACUCCCUCCCUCCUUCCACACCUCCUCCUCCCAGCCCUCCCUCCUCCUCUACUCCACCUCUGCCCACCCAGAGGGCCCACUGUCAGCCCCUGUCCACCAGGUGGUAAACCCCUUCCUCUGGAGCUGUCGGACCAGCAAUAGGAAGAGCCUGAUUGUGACAUCCAGCACCUCUCCUACACUACCCAGGCCACACUCACCACUACAUGGACACCCAGGGAGCAGCCCUCUGGACAGCCCCAGAAACUUCUCCCCCAACACGGCAGCACACUUCUCCUUCGUUCCAGCUCGCAGGACGGAUGGCAGGCGCUGGUCUCUGGCAUCACUGCCCUCCUCUGGAUAUGGCACCAACACACCCAGCUCCACUGUCUCGUCAUCCUGUUCAUCCCAGGAGAAGCUGCACCAGCUGCCCUUCCAGCCCACGGCGGACGAGCUACACUUCCUCACCAAGCACUUCAGCUCCGAGAGCAUCACCGACGAGGAGGGACGACACUCGCCCAUGCGCCCCCGCUCACGCAGCCUCAGCCCUGGUCGCUCACCCAUUUCCUUUGACCAUGAGAUCGUCAUGAUGAACCAUGUCUACAAGGAGCGCUUUCCCAAGGCCACGGCUCAGAUGGAGGACCGUCUGGCUGACUUCCUGUCGUCCUCGGCUCCUGACAAGGUGAUGCCCCUGGCCGACGGGGUCCUCAGCUUCAUCCACCACCAGGUCAUAGAGCUGUCCAGAGACUGCCUGGAUAAAAGCCGCGAGGGUUGCAUCACCUCACACUACUUUUACGAGCUGCAGGAGAACCUGGAGAAACUGCUACAAGACGCUCACGAGCGCUCUGAGAGUGUGGAAGUCACAUUUGUGACCCAGCUGGUGAGGAAGCUGAUGAUCAUCAUCGCUCGGCCGGCACGCCUGCUGGAAUGUCUGGAGUUUGACCCGGAGGAGUUCUACCACCUGUUGGAGGCAGCAGAGGGCCAUGCCAAGGAGGGCCAGGGCAUCAAGUCAGACAUCCCCCGCUACAUCAUCAGCCAGCUGGGUCUCACCAGAGAUCCCCUGGAGGAGAUGGCCCAGCUGAGCAGCUACGACAGUGGGAACCCAGACACGCCAGAGACAGACGACUCUGUGGAUAGUCGAGGGGCCACGGUACAUGUUGUAGCUCCCCCUAAAACCAAGGCCCCACGGGAGGAGGACUUUGAGAACAUCAAGCUCAUUAGCAACGGGGCUUACGGUGCUGUGUUUCUGGUGCGUCACAAGGAGACGCGUCAGCGUUUUGCCAUGAAGAAGAUCAACAAGCAGAACCUCAUCCUGAGGAACCAGAUCCAGCAGGCCUUUGUAGAGCGAGACAUCCUGACCUUCGCUGAGAACCCCUUCGUGGUCUCCAUGUUCUGCUCCUUCGAGACACGCAGACACCUCUGUAUGGUCAUGGAGUAUGUUGAGGGUGGUGACUGUGCCACCCUGCUGAAGAACAUUGGGGCUCUGCCUGUGGACAUGGCACGCAUGUACUUCGCUGAGACCGUGCUGGCACUGGAGUACCUCCACAACUAUGGCAUCGUACACAGAGACCUCAAACCGGACAAUCUUCUGAUCACUUCGAUGGGCCACAUCAAGCUGACAGACUUUGGCCUGUCUAAGAUCGGACUGAUGAGCCUCACCACCAACCUGUAUGAAGGACACAUAGAGAAGGAUACCAGGGAGUUCCUGGAUAAACAGGUGUGUGGUACACCAGAGUACAUAGCCCCAGAGGUGAUCCUGAGACAGGGCUAUGGGAAGCCAGUAGACUGGUGGGCCAUGGGGGUCAUCCUCUAUGAGUUCCUGGUGGGCUGUGCCCCUUUCUUUGGAGACACGCCAGAGGAGCUCUUUGGACAGGUCAUCAGUGAUGAGAUCAUAUGGCCAGAGGAGGAGGAGGCUCUUCCUAACGAUGCCCAGGACCUCAUCUGUAAACUCCUCAGACAGAACCCUCUGGAGAGGCUGGGUACAGGCAGUGCAUUCGAGGUGAAGCAACACCGGUUCUUCUAUGACCUGGACUGGAACAGUCUGCUGAGACAGAAGGCAGAGUUCAUCCCUCAGCUGGAGUCAGAGGACGACACCAGCUACUUUGACACCCGUUCAGACAGGUACCACCACAUGGACUCUGAAGAUGAGGACGACACUGACGAUCACGUAGAGAUGCGUCAGUUCUCCUCCUGCUCGCCCCGCUUCAGCAAGGUGUACAGCAGUAUGGAGCGUCUCUCCCUUCAUGAGGAGAAGCGGCCCCCCCCACCCACCAAGCGCAGCCUCAGUGAGGAGGGAGGAGAGCGCAUCGACAGCCUCAGUGGGCUCAAGUCCAGAGACCGUUCCUGGCUGGUUGGGUCCCCUGAGAUCCUGCGUAAGCGUCUGUCCGUCUCGGAGUCGUCCCACACUGAGAGCGACUCCAGCCCUCCUCUGGCUGUGCGUAGACGCUGCUGCUCUGCCAUCAUCGAGAUGCCGCGCUUCGCCAUCUCCUCGGAGGAGGAAGGAGGGGUGGCCCCCAGUCGUAAGAGCCCCAGCCUGCUCAGCCAGACCCCCGGGGGAGUCAGGGGACCCCGCAGUGAGGAGCUGCCCCUCUCCAUCCCAGAGCUCCCAAUAGAGAGAGAGCUGAAACUGGUCGAGUCCCCCACCACACCUGGAUCCAUCACCAGCCACCUCAGCAGAGCCACACUCACACCGGGUAGUUCAGGAGAUGUGUGGGAGCGUGGUACAGUGUCGGGAGCAGACAGCUCUACCUCUACCCCUAAGGCCAUCAGUGACCUGGCAGUUCGGAGGGCCCGCCACAGACUGUUGUCUGGAGACACGGACAAACACACCCAGUCCAGACCCCUCAACAAGGUCAUCAAGUCUGCCUCCGCAACUACGCUCUCACUCAUGAUCCCUCCAGACCACCAUGGAGCCUCCCCAUUGGCCAGCCCCAUGUCACCCCACUCCCUCUCCUCCAAUCCCUCAUCCAGAGACUCCUCCCCGAGUAGAGACCUUUCGCCGGCCGUAGUCAACAUCAAACCCCCCAUCAUCAUCCACCGGGCGGGCAAGAAGUACGGCUUCACCCUCCGGGCCAUCAGGGUGUACAUGGGAGACACGGAUAUCUACACCGUACAUCACAUAGUCUGGCAUGUGGAGGAGGGUGGUCCAGCCCAUGAUGCAGGGCUGAGAGAAGGAGACCUCAUCACUCAUGUGAACGGGGAGGCUGUCCACGGCCUGGUCCACACUGAGGUGGUGGAGCUCAUCCUCAAGAGCGGUGGUAAGGUGUCCGUCUCAGCCACGCCCUUUGAGAACACCUCCAUCAAGGUAGGCCCCGCCCGCAAGACCAGCUCCAAAUCCAAGAUGGCGCGUCGCAACAAAAAGACCAAGACCAAAGAUGGAGGCCAGGAAAGCAGCGGCAAGAAGAGAAACUCUCUGUUCAGGAAGAUCACCAAGCAGGCGUCUCUGCUCCACACCAGCCGUAGUCUAUCCUCUCUCAACCGCUCCCUGUCUUCUGGAGAGAGUGGACCAGGGUCCCCCACACACAACCUGUCCCCCAGGUCACCUACACCUGGCUACCGCUCCACGCCUGACUCUGUUUUCUCAGUAGGGGGAAACUCGUCUCAGAGCAGCUCUCCCAGCUCCAGUGUUCCAAACUCCCCAGCCAGCUCCGGUCACAUCCGGCCCAGCUCCCUCCAUGGCCUCGCCCCCAAGCUCCAGCGCCAGUACCGUUCCCCUCGACGCAAGUCAGCCGGCAACAUCCCCCUAUCCCCCCUGGCCCGCACCCCCUCCCCCACCCUGCAGAGCACCUCCCCCAACGUUCUCCCCCCCCUGCCCAGCCAUGCUGUGGGCUCCUCCUCUAUGGGCCAGUCUUUCCCCGUGAAACUCCACUCCUCCCCUCCUCUGGUCAGGCAUAUCUCCAGGCCCAAGAGCACUGAACCCCCCCGCUCCCCACUCCUCAAACGAGUACAAUCCACCGAGAAGCUAGCCUCCUCCCUCUCCUCCUCCUCCUCCUCCUCCUCCUCCUCUCCCUCUGCGUCGGGGGCCGGCGGUGACAAGAAGCUGCCUCUAGCGGUGACAGGACGUAAACACAGCCUGGACAUCUCCCACCAGGAGUUUAAGAAGGAGAUGCUUCAGAGAGACCCCAGUCUGCAGAUCCUGCAGGAGUCCGCUGGGGAGAGAGAGGGGGUGCUGGGGGUGGGGACAGGGGUGGGGGGUCGCGGGGGCCCCGUGGAGAAGGGCAGCCUGCAGAAACACUCCUCCUCCAGCAGGAAGCUGGGGCGUCAGGAGGGGGACGUCGGACCGACAGCCGGGUCCCUGGGGCUGGCCCCCGGGAAGAGCAAGCUGAAGGACAAGCUGUCAGCCAUUAGACAGGACCGGGCUGAGAGGAGGGAGUCACUGCAGAAGCAGGAUGCUAUCCACGAGGUGGACUCUUCAGAGGACGAGACAGACGAGGGGUCGGAGGACAGCCAGGACGGGAGGGGCAGGAACACCUGUACUUUUACCCCCCCGCUGCUCCGCCCCACCUCCGUCAUGGCCACCGCCCCCCGCACGGGACCCGGGGGCACCCUCCCCUCCCUGUGUCUGUCCCCCUCCUCCACCCUGCUGCCCAGCAGAGCCACCAUACCCUCCACAAUCCCCGAACACAAGCCCACUCAGAGUGCUCCUUCGCUGGGAGGGAAAGACAGCGGCUCAGCCUCCUCAGAUGACUGUGGGAGGAGAGAGGGGAAGGCUCCAGACACCAGCUCCAAGUUCACCCAGAGCCCCCUGUCCAGCACCUUCGCCACACCCGGCAGUGCUUUCAUCUCCAUCAGUAAGGACACCUUCCUGAAGCCUGCUGCUCCAUCUUCACAUCAGGAAUGGAGGAGCCCCAAGCUACCUGAGCCCAGAGGGAAGAGCAGUAGUCCUGGGUUAUGGAGUGAGGAGAGAGACUCUGGCCUGGAGGCCCCCAGAUCCAGCCCCACUGGAUCCAUAGAUGGCAGAUACAUAGCCCACACACCCAUCUCUUCCCCAGGCAUCACCAAGGAGAAAAAGGAGGCCGACAACCGGAGGCAGGCUGCUGCGGCCGCCGCCGCUGCAGCCUACGCCACCCCAUCCUACGCCAUUCCUAGCCCCCCAGCCCAAGUGUCAGGGUCAGAGAGUGGGGUGGAUAAGGUUGUGUCCCAGCUAGCCACUGUGGCUAAGAGCUUCCUGGGCCCCGUCAAACUCACUAUCCCUGGGGCCAAGGAGGCUUUUGAGAGGGCCAAAGACCAGAACCAGAAACCCUCUCACCCCAAGACCACACCCGACUCACCCCUUACCACUACCACCACCACACCCCUCUCCCCCUCCCCCUUUAGACACCCUGCCCCUCAGCCACCGCCCCGCCUGUCCUCCCAGUCUCCCUCCCGGCAGCCCUCUUACAAAACUGAGCCAGCCCCCUCCCCUCCACAGAGGAGGGCCUCCCCUCCUAAAGACUGUGCCCCGGGGCCCCAGGACCACCCAGAGAGGCCAUCGAUGGGGUUACGAGGCAGUAGGGAGACUCCAGCCAUUACAGCUGUUACUGCACCAAGGCAGGGACCCACCAACACACCCACCCAGACCACGACUGCAGCCUCGGAGCAGCGCAAGAGGCCAGACCCAGCUGCCCCACGGAGACCCAACCCUGCCUCCGCAGCCUCCACCCCACAGGACAAAACCAGCAGCAAGAAGACGUAGCAGAAAACAAGACUCAAGAAACACCCAUGACGAUACAGACUGCUGUCACGAGAUUUUAAUCUUAAAUCCACAAACAACUGCAUGAGAAUAAUCCAUUAUUCAAAACUUUUUGCAACACACAAAUCAUUAUGAGGGAGAGCA